AUGAGCGACGCCACCGCGGAUGUCAAGACCUUAGUGUCUACGCUUAGAAACGAUUUCGUUAACACUUUCACUUCAAAGGAUGAACUACAUGCCUUGCAACCAAAGACCAAGCUAAAAGAUUCAAAUCCUACGACAGAGCUGCAAAAACUAUCUCAAAUCAUCAAAGCUCACACCACCAAAAUCGGUAUUAUAUCACAGCCUCAAAAAUUUAACGCCAACAUCACUGCUGCUCUCAGGGAACUACAGCACUUCUCCAAUUCCGUUUUCUUCUUGUUCAGUCUACUACCGCUGUUUUAUCAAGGUAAAUUUACCAACUAUUUCAAUGAAUUACUAGAUUCCUGUAUCCUAGGACUUUUGAAUGGUAUAAAUGGAUUCUGUGAUGAAAUUGAUCAAUUGUUAGAUGCCGCACCAACUGACGAUUCUAGUGUCAAUGCUGCGGCCGAAUCCGAAGACCCGCAUUCAAACACGAGACUCAUCUCUGUAGGUAAAAUCUGGUCCUCCUGUGACUCUUUAGAUGAACUGGCCACUACCGGUAAUUUGGGCAUACUAAACAAGAAGAUUCUAGUGAGCGCCAAGCUCGUUGGUGAUACUUUGGCCGAAUUGGAAGAGUGGCUCGUUGAUCCCCAUGUUGAAUCUGAUGAUCCAUUUGGCAUUGGUAGCGAAUCCGACAACGAAUCCGACAACGAAAGUGGAAGCGAAACCGGUGAAAAGGCGUCACCUGAAAUGAUCAAAUUUGUUGAAGAAUGGCAAACCAAACUGAAAAUGAUUCGCUUAUUGCUUCUAUCAUUUUCCAAAUCCAUUGCAUCAAAUGACUACAAGAACAAAGAGCCCAUGGUUGAACAGCUCGACAAACUCAAUAAUCUACACGCAAUAAUCGUCGAAAAAGUGGACGAAUUGAUCUCUACUGUAUUCAUGUUAGGGCUAGAUUUCGAUUCUCAAGAUGAGGAAAUUGUCGACCUGUCGUCUCAAUUGAAUACGAGCGUUCGGCAAAUGGUUCAAAUUAUCAAGACUUUGACCAAAGGCGACGAUAAAAAGGGCAAGUGGAUAGAAGUUUGGGAUGUCAAGUAUUUUACUUAA